AUGUCAGGAGUUACAGUAAUAGAGUGGCUGAAGAGUCUAAUGCUGGAAAAAUAUGAAAAAAAUUUUCUCACCGGUGGUUAUGACAUGGUUGGUCAGUGCAUUGAUAUGACUGAAAGAGACCUGGUGAACCUUAAUAUUACCUCACCCGAUGACAUCAAACGAAUCGUUGCCAACUUAACAUGCUUGAAACUCCUGCUAGGCAGCAGCCAUGUUGCUGUAAAAAAAGAUAUCGAAAAUUAUGAAAAUGAAAGUCUGGAUAUUUAUAAAACUGCUGUGUAUGGUAAUUUGGAAAGAGUCGCGUCGACUGCUAGAACAUCUGAAUUUUCACCAUUGAAAUCUGCAUUUACUGAUUUUGAAUAUGAAUUUGAUAGUAUGAAUGGAAGAAUAUCUCACAAAACACCUGUACCAGCUCCGAGGAAACUUUCUACUCAGUCAACAUUCAUUUCUACUUUAAACGUCGGCGAUACAUUGCUUUGUGAUAAAAAAUCUGAUGCACCUCAUACAAAUCAAUCUCAGGACUUUUCUAUGACCUUUCUAAAUCAUGUGAAUGGUGCAUUCAAUGAAUCAAGUUUAAAACAACAGGUGAAUGUAGUUCGUCCAUAUUCUAAUGAAGAGACAGUUUUUUUGGAAAAUAUCUUCACUGAUCAGGAUUCUCCUGAGAACAAUCAGGCCAAACCAAAACCGAUCGCUUGCCCUAGGAUUGCAUCAGAUAGUUUAUUAGAAGAUAAUAUUUUUGCCAUUUCUGGUGAUCAAAAUAAAGUGAAAGAUUCAUGUUUGAAUAAGGGGAUAGAAUUGAAUAGGAUAGAAGUGUAUGAAAAUGAAACAGCUGGUGGUUGCGAGGUUAUUGAUGGCUUGUUGGAUCAAGAAACAUCAAGUCAAUCAUCAACAGAGCAGUUGACAGCUAAGGAAUCUGAUCUUUCUACAAUGACAAAUCUUAUUUUUAAAGAUUCAGAUUGGACUUUCUUAGAAAAUAUUACGAAUGGUUGUGAGAGAUCCUCAAAUGAUAGCAAUGCAACAAAUGAGGAAAAAGUCACCGAAGAUAGUCUUUUGAGACCCAACGAUCUGCUGAUUGAUUACUCUUUCAUCGAUGAUCGAAAUUCAAUAUAUUCCAUUCCACCACCCUCUUUUCCUCCUCCACCUCUUAUCUUUCCAAAUUCAGAUUCCAUCGAACAUGUUCCAAUCAUUCCACCCCGACCGGAGUCUACAAAAAAGAACGCCCCUGACAUUUCCAACUCGGACUACCCACCAUCACGCAUGAAACCUAUUUAUCCUAUUCUUCCUGAUAAAGCUCUAAAGCCAGAUAUAAAUGUUUUAAAAUUGAAGCACCCAUCUCUAACAUCUUCAACCUCACCUCCGCCUCCCACAGUGCCGAGGACAAAAUUGUUAAGGGUCAUUAAAGUUCAGGAUGAUACUUCCUGUGAUACACCAAAAUUGCAGCAACCGCCAUCAUCAUUAUCGUCACCACCACCCUCAUCAUUAUCGUCACCGCCACCACUACCAUCACCCUCAUUAACGUCAUCACCCUUUUCUAUGGCAAAGACUUCAGCAAAAGUGUCUAGAGCAGAUACAAAAGUUAAGAAGGUCAGCCCACCAUCAUUGGUGAAAAUAAAGGAUCAGGAUGUAAAAUUCAAUUCAAAAUUUCGAGGAAUACUUAUGAAAGUUGAACACAAUUUGAAAUCAAGCUCCAGGAAGCAUUUCCUACUGGAUUGUAACAGUUUGAUCUAUUCUGAUGCAGACAGAAAAGGUCCAACCGAAUCAAUAGCUUUGAUAAAAAUAACGAGCAUUACGGCCAGAGCGGAUUACUUACCUAUGCAACACACAUUUGAGAUAUUCUUCAAAUCUAAUGACAUCCCACUCAUCUUGAUGGCUGAAGAUGAUGACCAGAAGGAACAGUGGAUUAUAAAUAUAUCAAAAAGUAUAGCAUUUGUAAGAAGUGAUGAACUGCACAACAUCAUUCCAUUCGACAAGGGGGGGAAUGUUUAUCUCAAAACUCUGCUUACCUCUGUUAGUUUCGACUGUUCUUGA